UCACUUCUCUCGGUCCUGUCUCUCGCCAUGUUGUCUGGUUAAAUCUUCAGCUUCAGUUUUUUAUGAUUCUACCCGAGGAAAACUCUCAGAUCUGAGCUGACAGCCGUUAAAGUUUGAAGAUGUCGAAUGUGUCUUACCACAUCUCCAACCUGUUGGAGAAAAUGACAUCAACUGACAAAGACUUUAGGUUCAUGGCCACCAAUGACCUGAUGCUGGAGCUGCAGAAGGACAGCAUCAAGCUGGACGAGGACAGCGAGAGGAAGGUGGUGUCCAUGUUGCUCAAACUGCUGGAGGACAAGAACGGGGAGGUGCAGAACCUGGCUGUCAAAUGCCUGGCUCCUCUGGUGAGUAAAGUGAAGGAGCCUCAGGUGGAGACGAUGGUGGACACGCUGUGUUCAAACAUGAUGUCAGACAAAGAGCCUCUGAGGGACAUUUCCAGCAUGGGACUGAAGACGGUGAUCGCAGAGCUGCCGCUGACUUCAUCAGGUUUGACGCUGACAGCCGGUGUCUGUAAGAAGAUCACGUCUCAGCUGAUUGGAGCCAUGGGGAAACAGGAAGACGUGUCCGUUCAGUUAGAGGCCCUGGACAUCCUGUCAGAUAUGCUGGGAAGGCUGAGUGGUGCUCUGGUUGGUUUUCACAGCUCUCUGCUCUCCAGUCUGCUCCCCCAGUUAACCAGCUCCAGGAUGGCAGUCAGGAAGCGCUCCAUCUUGGCUCUCGGUCAGCUGGUUCCCUGCUGUAGUCCCACCCUUUUCUCCCAGCUGACUGGACACCUGAUGACGGAGUUAUCCAAAGCCCCGCCCACAUCCAUGACAAGGACGUACAUCCAGUGUUUGGCAACCAUCAGCCGUCAGGGCGGGCAUCGAGUCGGUGAGCAUCUAGAGAAGCUGAUCCCCAUGGUGGUGAAGUUCACCAGUGUGGAGGAUGACGAGCUCAGAGAGUACUGUUUCCAGGCCUUUGAGGCUUUCAUACGCAGGUGUCCAAAGGAGAUGUCCCCCCACGUGUCCACAGUAACACAGCUCUGUCUUAAGUUCAUGACGUUUGACCCGAAUUAUAAUUAUGACGAAGAGGAGGAGGAUGAGAACAGCAUGGACAUUGAGGACGGGCUUGAUGAAGAGUCCGACGAUGAGUACAGCGAUGACGACGACAUGAGCUGGAAGGUGCGCCGCUCCUCCAUCAAGUGUCUGGAGGCGUUGAUCAGCACUCGUAGAGACCUCCUCCUCUCCUUCUACACAUCUGUCUGCCCCGCUUUGCUCGCACGCUUCAAGGAGCGGGAGGAAAACGUCAGGGCUGACGUCUUCGCCGCUUUCUCCACGCUGCUGAAGCAAACACGAGCGGGAUCUGGUCACCAUGGUAACAUCAUGGCCGGAUCAGACUCAGGUGUGAGCAGGGAGGAGGAGCCUGCAGUCGCCAUGCUGAAGAAACAGGUGCCGGUGAUAGUGAAGGCUCUGCACAGACAGCUGAAGGAGAAAAGCCUCAAAUCUAGACAGGGCUGCUUCUGUCUCCUCACUGAGCUGGCUCACACUGUUCCUGGAGCCCUGGAGCCUCACAUACCUGCACUGAUACCUGGCAUCGUCUUCUCACUGACAGACAAGUCGACUUCCUCCACCAUGAGGAUCGAUGCUCUCUCCUUCUUCCACGUUCUCCUCCUCACUCAUCCUCCUCAAACAUUUCAGCCGCACAUGCAGGUGUUGCUGCCCCCAGUGGUGGCGUGCAUUGAAGACACAUUUUAUAAGAUCACGUCUGAGGCUCUGCAGGUCACACAGCAGCUGGUCAGAGUGAUGAGGCCACAGGGACAGGACGCCACUACGGCGGGAGGAUUUGAUCCCAAACCGUUCAUCAGAGAGGUGUUCUCUGUGACUCUGCGGAGGCUUAAAGCUACAGACAUCGACCAGGAAGUGAAAGAGAGGGCUAUUUCCUGUAUGGGUCACAUGGUGUGUCACCUUGGUGACCACCUGGGGGCAGAGCUGCAUGGUGUUUUGGCGAUCUUUCUUGACAGGUUAAAGAAUGAGAUCACGAGACUGACAGCAGUGAAGACCAUCACCCUCGUCUCUGGUUCUCCUCUGAAGAUUGAUCUAUCGUCCAUCCUGCCCGAUGCUCUGUCAGUUCUAGGAUCUUUUCUGAGGAAGAACCAGCGAGCUCUGAAGCUCUGCACACUGGCGUGUCUGACGGCGCUCAUCUCUCAUCACGCCGCCAACAUCAAACCUGCAGCUCUAGAACCCGUGCUCAGUGAACUUCCUGCCCUGGUGGAUGAGAAUGACAUGCACGUAUCACAGGUAUCCAUUUCUCUGCUGACCUGCUUGGCCAAAGCAUGUCCAUCCUCUCUGACUAAGAUCAGCUCCACUGUGCUGUCAGGUGUCUUUAGACUCGUCCACUCUCCGCUGCUGCAGGGUGGAGCGCUGGCAGCAAUACUGGACUUCCUGCAGGCGCUGGUACUCUCCAAAACCAGUAACAUGGGCUUCAGUCAGCUCCUGAAGGCUCUCAUGGAUCCGUUUCAGAGCUCUCACUGCUCAGUCGAUGGCUCCAUCCUCCACAGACAGUCCUUUCUGUCCGUGGCUCGCUGUGUGGCUGCUCUCUGCUCCUCCUGCCCUAAAGAGACUCCAGGAACAGUGACGGCACUCCUGCAUGAGGUGAAGAAUCCCAAAUCUCCAGAGUCCGCUCGGGUCCUGGCUCUGCUGUGUCUGGGGGAGGUGGGGAGGAGCGGCAGUCUGGGAGGGAGUAAGGAGGUGCAGGGAGUCAUCCUGGAGGCCAUCUCCUCCACCAAUGAGGAGGUGAAGACGGCGGCGUCCUGUGCCUUAGGCAGCAUGGCGGUGGGCAGCCUGAAUGACUACCUGCCCUUCUUGCUGAAGGAGAUCUCAUCCCAGCCCCGCAGACAGUACCUGCUGCUACACUCGCUGAAAGAAGUCAUCAGUGCCUGCCCUGCCUCCAGUCUCUCGGCCCACGUUGAGUCCAUCUGGUCGCUGCUGUUUCAGCACUGUGAGUGUCAGGAGGAGGGGACCAGGAACCUGGUGGCUGAAUGUUUGGGAAAACUCACCUUAGUGAACGCUGGCCAACUUCUACCUCGACUGAAACAGCAGCUGAAAGCAGGUUCUCCUCUGGCUCGCAGCACCGUGGUGACAGCGGUGAAGUUCACUAUUAUUGAUCAGCCGGCUCCUGUAGACUCUCUGCUCAAAGACUGUAUAGGUGACUUCCUGAAGACGCUGCAGGAUGAGGACAUCAACGUGCGCCGCGUCGCUCUGGUGAUGUUUAACUCCGCUGCUCAUAACAAACCGUCUCUGAUCCGUGGUCUCCUCAAGACCGUUCUCCCCCACCUCUACAAAGAGACUCAGAUCAGGAAGGACCUCAUCAGGGAGGUGGAGAUGGGUCCGUUCAAGCACACAGUAGAUGACGGUCUGGAUGUCCGUAAAGCUGCGUUCGAGUGCAUGUACACUCUGCUGGACAGCUGCCUGGAGGGGCUGGACGUCCUGCAGUUCUUAGACCACGUAGAGGAAGGUCUCAAAGAUCACUACGAUAUCAGAAUGCUGACGUUCCUGAUGUUGGCUAGAUUAGCCUCUCUGUGUCCUGCUGCUGUCCUACAAAGACUGGACAGACUCAUUGAACCACUGAGGGCCACCUGCACCACCAAGGUGAAGGCGGGGUCUGUGAAGCAGGAGUUUGAGAAGCAGGAAGAGCUGCGGCGCUCGGCCAUGCGUGCUGUCGCCGCCCUGCUGGCCAUCCCCGAGGUGGAACGGAGCCCCAGUAUGGCCGACUUCGCCAACCAGAUCAGAACCAAUGCUGACAUGGCGUCCAUCUACCAGAGCAUCCAGGGAGGGGAGGGAGGGGGUUUUGCCCCUGCAGAGAGCAUGGACACAAGCUAGACUGUGAAUGAUGGAGGAGUGUUUUCUUAUGUUUUUUAUUCAAAGACAAGGUCGAAAUAAAGGAAAUUCGUUUUUAGAGUUCUUCGUAUCAGUCCCCCUCUGGCAAAAAUAAACUUCAGGAUUUG